CUCUGUCGCUCUCAGCGCCAACACGUGCUUGCUGAUUACUUCAUUGCAUUCUUUGGUGAUUUAGUGCAGUUUUUAGAAUCGAACGAAUUUAUAAACAAAUGGAACCUGGGAUUUGUUAUAUCAAAGAAGAGUACCUGGUGCAGGAGGUAAAAGAUAAGCCUCUUUCGGCUGACACCGCUGAGCAGGAAAAUAAAAGAAAAUCAUCAGAUGAAAGUGCAUCUCAAAAUGGAAGGUCUCAAAAAUACCAAAAGACUAAUAAAAAGGAAAGGAAACGUGGUCAGAACAAAAAUCGACCAGUUUUCAAGCAAGAUAGCUCGUUGUUAUUGUGCCAUUCGCUUAUGAACGGUCCAGAUUUGGAAAAAUGCAGACAUGAAAAUUGCCGGUAUGUACACGAUCUAUCCGAGUACUUGGCAUCCAAGCCCGAAGAUUUGGGUUCAAAGUGUCCCAUCUUUGAUACUUUAGGCUUUUGUACGCGCGGGGUUACUUGCCGAUUCGCCAAAGCGCAUCUGGAUGCGGAAGGUCGAAAUAUUAAAUCUGCAGAAUAUGAUGAAAGUAAAGCGCGCACAAGCGUUAAUGGCAUUACAUCAGAACUACAGGUGCGUCUCAGAAAACGGGAGUAUGAUUUCAGCCGCAGCAAACAAUUGGUAACUCAAGCUGAUAAAUUACGUGACGACAGGAAACAAAAAUUAGAAACGGGUAGUGAAACGCCGAGCGUGGACAAAGCUGUUGUCGAGCGUGAAACUCCUGCAGUGGAGGCUACUGCGACCGAAACGUUAAUUACGAUAGAAAAACCAAUAGGUGCGGCUGUGGAUGAUGCAGAUACAGUUGGUCGCGAUGUUGCGCAGAAACCAGCAGUUAAUUUUGCAGAGAAAUUAAUACUUUCUCCAUUAACCACUGUUGGGAAUUUGCCGUUUCGUCGCAUCUGCAAAGAGUUUGGCGCUGAUAUCACUUGCGGCGAAAUGGCUUGUGCAGUACCCAUCGUUAAGGGACUCACACAAGAGUGGGCGCUUACAAAGCGGCACGUUAGCGAAGAUGUAUUUGGCGUGCAAUUGUGUGGCAAUAAUCCGAAAAUAAUUGCUCAAGCAGCACAAUUGCUGCAAGAGACCACUUCUAUCGAUUACAUCGACCUAAAUAUUGGUUGUCCCAUUGAGCUGAUAUAUCAGCAUGGCGGUGGUAGUGCGCUCAUGAGGCGCACAAAUAUCCUAGAGACAAUUGUGCGCUCAUGCUCGGCUUUAUCGCCAAAAAUACCAUUUACCGUGAAGAUGCGCACCGGUGUGUAUGCAGACAAAAGUGUGGCGCACGAGUUAGUGCCGUUAGUGGAGGAGUGGGGAGCAGCAGCGGUGACGUUGCAUGGACGCUCACGCGAGCAACGCUACAUGAAGAGCGCAAACUGGCAGUACAUAGAGGAGUGUGCAGCUAAAGCGAAGCGUAUGCCAGUGAUUGGCAAUGGUGAUAUAUUAAAUUUCGAGGACUACAAUGAGAAGAGAAAAACAGCACCACACGUCUCCUCCGUAAUGAUUGGGCGCGGCGCACUAAUCAAGCCUUGGAUAUUCAAAGAAAUCAAAGAACAAAAACCCUGGAAUCCAAGUUCAACAGAACGUUUUGAAAUCUUACGUAAUUAUGUGAAUUAUGGCUUGGAACAUUGGGGUUCUGAUACGAAGGGUGUAGAAAAUACACGCCGUUUCUUACUGGAAUGGCAAUCAUUCCUCUACCGUUAUAUACCCUAUGAACUCUUACAAUAUCCACCACAACAAAUAAAUCAACGUCCACAAAAGUUCCGAGGACGUGAUGAAAUGGAGACUUUAAUGAGUUCGCCCAAUUCUGCCGAUUGGGUACGUUUGAGUGAGAUGCUGUUGGGACCAGUGCCAGAAGGCUUUGAAUUUGUACCAAAGCACAAGGCUAAUGCCUAUUAGUAUUUAGCAAAACAGUAUAUAAGGACUGUAUGACUUAGCAUAAUCGUUAGACACGCAAUUUCUACACACAACUAUGGAUGUGCGAGGAAUAUAUUAAGUUUGACAUUUAUGUAAUAUCUACAUAAGUACACAUGUAUAAAAAUAUAUUGAAUAUAGGUAACACGGUUUUUGAAAAUAAAACAUAGUACAGGUUCAAGGA